CAUGAUCUGCUAUUUGCCAUUGUUAUACCUGUACCCUUAAAAUCAAUCAUAUGACGACUUUACUUACUCGAAGACAGUCGUUCCAUUUCAGUAUUAGGCUACAAACUUGGCAGCUGUCUUGUUUUGGGCGAUGACCCAAGCCAUAUUUUUCACCCUUGGCAGAACUAGUGUUGUUCCUGUUGCAAUGUCUGUCACGAGGUUGACUUGGGCGCCCAGUGCCGUUGCCAGUGAGUCAAACCUGCGUUAGAUCAAUAGUCUAAAUGGUAUCAAAAAUGCGCCGACUACUAAACCCCACAUCCAACUAUACCUAAAGAGCACUUUAGCAGUGUAAGUGCUGGAUGAUGGUAUAUCAAGCACAACUGCAAUUGCUAUCCACCAACUUGAAGUUCCCCUGCUCGCUUACUCUCAUCCUUUCUAUGAUAGUAUGACUGUAAUCUCAAAUGAUCCAAGUUGGUGGCCAACCAUCAAUGCGUAUCUUAUUUCCAGCUAUUUCAUAGUUGCCGCCUGUGUUGUGGUAAUGUACGAUUGGGGACUUACGUUCGGACAAGAGGUGGAACUGGUCUGGAGGCAACGCUGGUCUAUGAUGACAGUUCUGUAUCUCAUUGCACGAUAUGUUGCAAUAGAAUUCUCUGUGAUUAAUAUGUUGAGCAGUAUUCCAACAAUUGUGAUAACAGAUGCAGUGAGCCUUAUCAUCGACGACGCACUUAAUUGGAUGAGUGACGUUGUAGAAAUAAUACUGGGCAUCAUCAUCAUCGUUCGAUUGCAUGCCAUGUAUCAGCAAUCCAGAAAGGUGUUGAUAUUUCUCGUUGUCAUCUUUCUGGCCAUCAGAAUCGCCAACGUGGUGAUGGUAGCAAUAAUAACGAUGCACAUCUCAGCGGAGGAAUACGUUUUAUCUGGCACUUACGAGUGCAAGAUUAGCUAUACGGGAGAUUCCGUAUUUCUGGGUUUCAUGACUUGGAUACUUGAUACCAUAUGGGAGGUCCUUGCCCUGUGUCUCGCGAUCUGGAUUGCUGUGAAGCACUUCCGUGAACUGCGAAGACACUCAGCGGGAGGAAUUAUCGGGGACUGUUUCACGGUGUUAAUGCAAACUCACAUUGGUUACUUUGCAAGUUUUGUAGCUGUCUCUUGCUUUCAACUCAUUUUAUUCUCUCCGACUGUCGCAGCGGACGCAUUCUCCCUGGACACUCAAAUUUACAUCGGUUUCUCUCAAAUCUUCGACAUAAUGCAGCUAUCUGUGCUGGGACCACGCCUCAUCCUUAGCGUUCGAGAAUAUCAUGCGAAACUCGUGGCGGACUCCGAUACAGCAACUGCUAUGAGUUCAAUGGCUUUCCAAGAACACGUUCAUAUGGAAACUAGCAGUGACGUGUAGUACGAGAGAUGCUCGAUGUGAUUUUCAAUCUUCGGAGAGCCUGUAGGGAGUGGUGUUCGUUUUUAUCUAUUCCAAGUUUUGUCGUGCUGCUUGAUUAAGUUACUUGACGUUGCAAAAUGUAUCUGAAAAGAUAUAGCUCUGGACAAUGUUCCUACUAGUGCUCCAUUAACCGUGUUCGAAUUAGGAUGACGAGAGUGAAUAGGAAGAUACUAGCGAGCACAGACAGUCC